AAAUUAAUGGCCAUGAGCUCGUUUUUGAUCAACUCCAACUAUGUGGACCCCAAGUUCCCACCCUGUGAAGAGUAUUCCCACAGCGAUUACCUUCCCAAUCACUCGCCGGAAUAUUACAGCAGCCAGAGGCGAGAGAGCACUUUCCAACAUGAAGCGAUGUACCAGCCGCGGUCAGCCUGCAACGAGCAGCUCUACUCGUCCUGUCAGAGCUCCGGCCACCAAGCAGCGGUGUUAUCCCCCCGGGGUCAUGUCCAUCCUCCUGCCGGACUGCAGAGCCACCUCUCUGAGCCAAACCAUCCCUGCGAGCCGGUCACCCCCAGCCCACCACCCUCCUGCAGCCAAAACUCUCUGAACCAAAGCCCUUCCAAUUCCUCUUGCAAAGAGCCGGUAGUUUACCCCUGGAUGAAAAAAGUCCAUGUAAGCACGGUAAACCCCAGUUAUUCAGGAGGGGAACCGAAACGCUCCCGCACAGCCUACACCAGGCAGCAAGUCCUGGAGCUGGAGAAGGAAUUUCACUAUAACCGCUAUCUCACCCGGAGACGCAGGGUCGAGAUCGCCCACUCCCUCUGCCUCUCCGAGCGCCAGAUCAAAAUCUGGUUCCAGAACAGGAGGAUGAAAUGGAAAAAAGAUCACAAGUUACCAAAUACCAAGAUCAGGGCUAACCCUUCCACCUCCUCCGCAAGCCUGCAGAUCCCACAAGGAGGUUCUCAAGGCCGAUCCAGUGGACCAGCCACCAGCCUAUAA